AAAUAUGAAGACUUUUCUACCGCCCAUACAUUUUAAUGGGUUGGAGGACGUUUGAAGGGAACCCCUGAUCCUAGCUGUCGGUCCUCCCAACCGUAUACUAUGCCGGUGACGAGCUGAAUGGGGGAAACGGUUCGGGUCUGAAUCGGUUCAUGUUGGCGGGGAGAGCCAUUCAUCUGCGGUGCGCCUGAUUCGAGGUCGAGCUAUCUUGGGGGGGGGGGUGAGGCUGCUGCUCGGAGCUUAUUAUCUCCCAGGAUAUAUACUACGUACCCUCCCCACCUCCCCCAUAGUAUUAUAUUUCCUCCUCUCGAUACUGGUAUAUGACCACUAUCAUUCUACUUCCUUUCUUAUAGGGGCCCGUAUUUUCAAUUUACACACGGGUUCCUUUCCUUUUUCUUCGUCCCUUCAUUCCCUUCUGUUUCUUAUUUCCCCAUUCGUUUUUCCAUCUUCACUGUUUCUCUUUCCUUUCCCUUCCCUUCUUCACUCCCUUCUUGAAACAACUUCGAUCGGUUUCCGGCCUUAUAAUAAUUGCAUUAUUUCCUUUCCAUCGUCCGCUGGCUGGUUCCGCCUAAUUCAGAUAUAUAUAUAUAUAACUAUUACGAAAACCUACGACGACAACGACAACGACGACGACGACCAUCAUUCGUUUAUCCCCUGUCAAACAUGGACAAUAACAACAACUCGCAUAUGUUUACAACCGACGCCCCAAGCUAUGAGGAUGCCAUGAAUGCCAGUAGGCGAGCCCCGCCUACAACUCACGAAUUAACACCUUACCUCGGAUUGCGUGCUCGGCUUUCGCAGGUCUGGUUCAACCGGUGGACGCUACUUCUUUUCCUUGUGCUGGUCAGGGUCAUCCUCGCCACACAAUCGCUUGACGGGGACUUGAGAUCUGCACGGAGGGAGGCGCUCUCGGCCUGUACCGGUGUCGAGAGCAUGGGCUCUGCCAUGGCCUCUAUGCCGCAUUACAUGUCCAAGGGAGUGAACGAGGUUGCAGCGAUGGGCAUCGAAACUGCCGUCAAGGCUCUCGAGAAGACACUUCUACUCCUUAUCACAGGUGUCCAGGAGAUUGUUGUCUUCGUCGUGAACAUGAUCACCUCUACCUACGUCUGUUUGAUCACCUUGGCCAUCCAAGGUUCUCUCGGCGCCGUUCUCGAGGCUACCGAGAAGAUUGCCGAUUUUGUCAACAACACCAUGGGAAAGAUCUUUGAUGACGUUGGGAGGGAUGUCAAAUCUGUCCAGGACGGGGUCAACAAAGUCUCCAAGGCUCUGGAAAAGGUUCCCAAUUUCUUCGGGAGCGAUAUCAGUUUCCCCGAGGUUAAACUUCCCAGUCUUGAUCAGUUGAAGAAGGUUCAGAUCCCGACGAGCUUCGACGACGAUUUGGCGAAACUGAAAGACAGCAUCCCUACAUUUGAUGAAGUACAGAAGGCUGCCCACGAUGCUAUCAGGAUUCCCUUUCAACUUAUCUCCAAAAAAGUCAAUGAAUCCAUCGGCGUGUACGAAUUCGAUCGUUCUGUAUUCCCCGUCCCCGAGAAGGAGAGGCUCACCUUUUGCUCCGACAAUCCCAAAAUCAAUAACUUUUUCGAUGGCCUGGAGGGCACCGUCGACAAGGUCAAGAAGAUCCUUAUCGGGGUCAUUAUCUGCCUGGCCAUCCUUGCGCUGAUCCCUAUGGCUUACCGCGAAUGGUGGAACUGGCGGACCACUCAGUCCCGAGCUUUUAUGCUUCAUACCGCCCCGACAUACGAUCCCGUCGAUGUGAUCCAGAUUGCGUCGCGGCCAUACUCCUCCUCGGUCGGCCUCAAAUUGGCCGGUCUAUUCAAGUCGUCACGACGCCAAACCCUGGUCCGCUGGGCGGUAGCCUACGCGACGUCGACUCCCGCGCUCUUUGUCUUGUCCCUUGGAAUCGCAGGACUGUUCGGCGUGUUGGCUCAGUACAUCCUGCUGAAACAGGUUGAGAGCGCGGCACCCGCCCUAGCUGCUGAGGUUGGGGAGUUUGCGGAUCUCGUCGUUAAGGAGCUUACGGCAGCUUCGAUGAGCUGGGCGGUAAAGACGAACUCGGCCAUUAACAGCACAAAUUCGGAUAUCAACAAGGAACUCUUCGGUUGGGUCGUUAACGGAACCGAUUCCCUGAACGACACCUUGACCGUAUUCGUUGACAAGAUGUACGAGGGCGUCGACAAGUUCUUUGGCAAGACACCCUUAGCCAAGCCAAUCAAGGACGUCCUCAACUGCCUUAUCGGCAUCAAAGUCAAGGGAAUACAGAAGGGGUUAACAUGGGCCAACGAAAACGCCCACAUCAACCUCCCGCUCCUCCCGAACGAUACUUUCUCCCUGGGUGCCGCUGAUUCCAUCGCCCCGGAGGCAUCAGGAGCGGCUAGCUUCCUCUCCGACACCUCCUCCCAAGCCUCCGACAUGAUCACGGACGUGGUUAUCAAGCUUACAAACAAGUGGGAAAAGAUGCUCACCGAGGAAGCCAUUAUAUCGGCCUGCAUAGUCGGCAUCUGGAUCCUCGUGCUCAUAAUCGCCCUCGUCCGAACAAUAGCCCUAUUCUACACCUCCGACAAGCACCGCGGCGAAGCUGGCGGCGGUCUCCCUCUCACGCCGGUCACACAACAGCGGUCCGCUCCCUCGCGUGGUGCGAAUAAUAACAACGGUAGCGGUGGAUUCAUCACGUCUCCCGUAUUUCCGGCCUUUGGUGGGAGCAGCAAUAGCAGCACUGGGGGCGGCAGCCCCGCGGGCGGAGAGAGUAUGUCGCCUGCGGAUGGGUACUACGAACCCGACGAGAAGGCUGAUCCGAAUGCGCGCUGGCUGCAGGUCGGUGGCUCCGUCGCCGUGGAGAAUUCGCAGGGAGAAUACAGGCGGAGCGUGCAUGCUAGCGUUCAUCCGGUUUAUCCGGGCAAGAACUGACUUGGAGUAGCUGGGGGACCAGGUUGGCUGGCAUCUGCUACUAGCAAUAUAAAGAAAAGCGGGUUGGCUUUCUUUCCUUCCUUCUCCUGUGUUUUGCAUUUUCAUUGGGAUUGGUAUUUUUUUUCUUGUUUUUUUUAUUCAUUCAUAGCGUUGUACUAUCAUUUUCUGCUUUGUUCGCAUCUGUGUCCGUUUGCACUUCCCUUUUAACUACAGAUUGUAUCAUGUAUUAUGGCUUACGAUAGAUCUUAAUACCUUUGUGUUGUGGUGGGGGUUGGUUUGGCCGUGUGGAGGAGAGGGGAAGGUGGAUUACAGCGCGGAGGAGGUUGUGGUGUUUGUAUAUUUGUGGUGGAUCGAUCCUUUGCUACGUGUGGGCGGCAGAGUUGUGGUUUUCCGCAAUUGGGGCGGAGUGGAUAGUGUAGACGUUAUUGAAGCAUUAUCCCUGCGGA